UAAGCUGCUACAUGCAUAUUAUAUAAAGAAUUUUCCGGCGAUUAUUAUAGCCAAUUAAUGGUUAAAGGUCGGAAAUUAACGAUCAGCAGAAGCGAACGGGCACUCGGAAUCGGAAUCUACAGCUAUGGGCAAGAUUGCCCAAACGAUUCACCUGAACUCGAGGAAGAAGACGUUUGGUCAUCGAUGGUUGACGGCGACGGUCAAGAUGAACAGUCAUCUAUGAUGAUGAGAAGCGAGUGGGAAACACGCACCCCUGUUAGGAUUUCCCGACAAGACAACGUCGAUCGCGGUCGGCGGCAACAGCAGGUAGGAGGGUUGUCGCUGGCGUUCGAGGAUAAUAACACGUGUCCGAGGAUUAUACAUCAGUAUCGUCAGGGAGGAGGAGGAGGACGGAACAUGAUGGCGGCAACGUCGGCGCCGGUUAACGUUCCUGAUUGGUCAAAGAUAUACCGUGUGGACUCGGUUGAGUCGAUGCAUUGUGAAUCGGACGAUGGUGUUGAUGAACGGGAAUCGGAGAUUGUAAUUCCUCCUCAUGAGUAUUUGGCUAGAGAGUAUCGGAAAAUGGCGGCUAAAUCGGUGUUUGAAGGUGUUGGAAGGACCUUGAAGGGUCGCGAUAUGAGACGUGUUCGGGAUGCUGUUUGGAGUCAAACCGGUUUCGAUGGCUAGAGUCAAACCCAACAAAUUCAUAUCCCUUUUUCCAUUUUUUUCUUUUAUCGAAUCUUGACUACAAGAAGUAAUUAUAAGUUUGGAUUGGGUUUGAGUUUAUUAUUAUUUAUCUCAAAUCUUUUUUAUUUCGUUUGAACUACGAACUACUAUCAGUACACUUACAAUCGUGUUUUAUCGUUUUCA